CAUGCACCUUGACUGAGUGUAUCUCCUUCAAGCACUUUCACUUCACUCUGUCGAGUGAUUCUACUCACCCCAAGAACUAUCUGCUUUGCCUGUUGGCCAGGACCUCAUCCCAUGGCCUUUGUCUUUGAAGCUCGAGACUUGUUUGUCUUGAUUGCAUUCGUUGUCCCAGGAAAUGGGUCUUUGUCUGAGUUUGUCAAUUUCGUUGUAUCGCCAUGCAAGCCCUCCUUGACCAUUCCGAGACAACUAAACAAAGCCGAUUUCGACGGACUUCUGCUUCGACCCCUUAAAGCUGCUACGAUGUCCUUGACUGCAUCCCAGGUCCCCCUUCGAGUUCUGCAGCCGAAGGACAGAUACUGACUACCUGCUUCAUCUUUCAGACUCGUUGGCGAUAUUCACCACAUCAACAUUACCAGCUCUCAAUCAUGUCUCCCACCAACGAGCCUGGAGUGGCGAGUAUCCCCUCUGCUACGUUCAUGCGUCGCUUCCGAGGUUCUGCCCAGAAGAAGACAGCAGCCUUCCGCAAACGACUUUCAACUUGUCUCAAGACCGAGGUCGACAAUAAGUCACCUCGUCAGACAUCGUCUAUCCAAGUGCAGGACUUUCUGGCCUUCAAGACACGGAUGGAUAACAAUCAAGAGAAGCCAAUGCCGCCACAACAAGGCCAGCGAAGAACAGCGUUACCCCGUCCACAGUCGGAGUACUUGCCCGCCUUGGUUUUCGACACCGGAUCAUCGACCAGUCUUGGGAACGUUUCUGAACUUGCAGCAGAUUCACUGGGUGACUUCUCAGGCAGCCAGGUUUCGCUACCAUCAAGCUUUGGUGGGCCUUUCCCGGUGAAUGCGUGGAGUGAACCUCCUCAUCAAGAGAGUACGACCGAGCGGAAGGACAAACGUGUGAAUAUUGUGGAAUUGCCUGCUACCGUCAAAACUGCGACGACCGUGAUCGACUCAACUCCAAUUCCAGUGACGCCUGCUAUUGAGUUGUCAGGGGACAGCGAUGUCAAGCCAUUCAAAGCAUAUCCUGGCGUGCCACCGCGCAAACCUGUCACUGAGAAGUAUGUUGUCCCAGCUUUGCAAGCCGGCUAUGUUGGAGGUGUUCCACCACAGCUCAAAGUGGGUCAUGCCAGACAGUCCAGCAAUCCUGCGGUCGCUGCUGCUGGCAAACAAUCACGAGAGCAUUAUUCUUGGCCAUUGGUUGACUUUCGCGAAGAACUGUUUCUCAAUCAUAAGCCGUCCCAGGCUGCGGUCCUUACACCACGAAGUCAACGACAUCCGAAGCACCAGAUGCCGCGCAUUCCGUCAAUGAACUUUUCACACGAGCCCCUUGAUGAAGAAGCCACUGCCAUCCUGGCCAGAUUGGAGCAGGAAAAGAGAGAAGCUGUUCAACCGCGUGGCUACGUCUCUCCGGUCUCACCAUUGGAGCGUGACAGGGUGGUUCACGAGAUGCAAGCGUCGAUUCCAUAAGCAGAGCGCCUCCAAUCCGACAAGCAACAGUGAGCCCGGUCUCGCCUCUUACAAGUGCUGAGAAACGAAUCAGCUGAUCAGGAAUAUGCGUGGCCGAGGUUCAGUGAAGCACAGCGAUACCAAGACCCGGCGGAGGAAUAUUCGAAAACCUGGCGUGAUCGGAGACGAGAGGUACGAAGAGAACGAGUGCAGCGACAUACUUG